AUGGGUAAGGACGACGAGCAAAAGACCUACCGUUACAAUGAGACUCCUGUCUACACCACAUCCAAUGGGUGCCCUGUAAUGGACCCCCAAGCGUCCCAGCGCGUGGGCCCCAACGGUCCUCUCCUCCUGCAAGACUUCAACCUCAUCGACAUCCUCGCUCACUUUGACCGUGAGCGUAUCCCCGAGCGAGUGGUCCACGCCAAGGGUGCAGGCGCCUUUGGCGAGUUUGAGGUCACUGACGACAUCAGCGACAUCACCACCAUCGACAUGCUCAAGGGCGUCGGCAAGAAGACCAAGACCUUCGUCCGCUUCUCAACCGUCGGAGGCGAGAAGGGCUCCCCCGACAGCGCCCGCGACCCCCGAGGUUUCGCCUGCAAGUUCUACACCGAAGAGGGUAACUGGGACUGGGUCUUCAACAACACGCCCGUCUUCUUCCUCCGCGACCCCAGCAAAUUCCCCAUGUUCAUCCACACGCAGAAGCGCAACCCGCAGACCAACCUCAAGGACGCCACCAUGUUCUGGGACUACCUGUCCACCCACCAGGAGGCCGUCCACCAGAUCAUGCACCUCUUCUCCGACCGCGGCACACCCUACUCCUACCGCCACAUGAACGGCUACUCCGGCCAUACCUACAAAUGGAUCAAGCCCGACGGCACCUUCAACUACGUCCAGCUGCAUCUCAAGACAGACCAGGGCAACAAGACCUUCACCGACGCCGAGGCCGCCCGCCUCUCAGCCGAAAACCCAGACUGGCACACGCAGGACCUCUUCAACGCCAUCGCCCGCGGCGAGCACCCCUCCUGGACCUGCUACGUGCAGACCCUCUCCCCCGAACAAGCCGAGAAAUUCCGCUGGAACAUCUUCGACCUGACCAAGGUCUGGCCGCAGUCCGAAGUGCCCCUCCGCCGCUUCGGCCGCUUCACCCUCAACAAGAACCCGGAGAACUACUUCGCCGAGGUCGAGCAAGCCGCCUUCUCCCCCUCCCACCUCGUCCCCGGCGUCGAACCCUCCGCCGACCCCGUCCUGCAAGCCCGCCUCUUCUCCUACCCCGACACGCACCGCCACCGCCUCGGCACCCCCAACUACCAGUCCAUCCCCGUCAACUGCCCGCUCCGCGCAUUCACGCCCUUCCACCGCGACGGCGUCAUGAGCGUGCACGGCAACCACGGCGCGAACCCGAAUUACCCCUCCACCUUCCGGCAGCUGCAGUACAAGCCCGUUAAGGCGUCGCAGGAGCACGAGAAGUGGGCUGGUGCCGUUGUGACGGAGCAGCUGCCCGUUACGGACGAGGACUUCGUCCAGGCCAAUGGGCUAUGGCAGGUUCUUGGGCGCCAGCCCGGGCAGCAGGAGAACUUUGUUGGGAAUGUUGCGGGACACCUUUGCAAUGCUCACCCGAGAGUGCGCAACGCGACGUAUGGCAUGUUCCGUCGGGUGAAUGCUGAUCUGGGAGCAAGGAUUGAGAAGGCUACUGAGGGUAAGGUUACUGAGGCCAGGGCUCGUUUGUAA